CUUCCCCCCGCCCAGCAGCGCGCACCAGCUUCUCUUGGAGGUGUGGCUUGGAGAUUGGGGUCCUAUAAAAGCGUCCCGUUAAGGACGACUAACCAGUGAACCAUGUUUGAGGAGAAGCUUAUCGUAGGCGUAUCUUCGGCCUGCUCAACUUUGGCCAUCGUCGCCUGCCUUGUCGUCAUCCCGUCCCUGUACAACACAAUCAACGAAGUUCACGAUGAGGUGCUCGACGGUGUGUCGGUGUUUCGGGUCGAGACCGACUCGGCAUGGAUUGAAAUGAUGGACAUUCAAAUCACUGUCACCCCACCCUCGAAGCCGCGUCAGAAUCCCUUCAACUCGAUCUUCCGUCAGAAGAGACAGGACUUCUCCGGCCUACCUGCCUGGUGCCAAUGCGAACCCGUCAAGCGCGUGUGCCCACCUGGACCUCCUGGACUUCAGGGACCACCUGGAGAGCCUGGAGCUCGCGGACCUCCCGGACCACCUGGAGAGGACAACAAAACCACCUACCCUCCAGUCACUUGCCCACCUCUUGACUCCAGCUGCAUCAAGUGCCCAGCCGGACCCCCUGGACCACCCGGACCCGACGGACCAGCUGGACCAGCUGGACCCAAAGGAGAGCCCGGAGCACCCGGACAGUGUGGAAAAGACGGCCCACCUGGACCACCCGGACCAGCAGGAGACCAGGGACCAUCCGGAAAGUGUGGACCUGACGGACCGCCCGGUGCCCCCGGAAAAGACGGUCAGUGCGGAAAGGGCAAGCCCGGUCCAGCUGGACCAGCUGGUCCAAAAGGACCCGCCGGCAAACCUGGACCAAAUGGAAAGCCCGGAAAGGAUGGUGCUCCAGGACCACAAGGACCAGCUGGACAGCCCGGACCACAGGGACCACCCGGAGCCGAUGGAAAGCCAGGAGCACCCGGAGAACCUGGAAUUCCAGGAAACGAUGCCAACUACUGCCCAUGCCCACCACGCUCAUCAGUAUACGUGUCAAAAUCCACUUAAAUCAACGACACUUUUAUUUUCUUUGCACUUCGCUUACGGUGGUGGCCGUGAUAGAUAGCGAAAUAAAGCAUUUUUGGCAA